CCCCUCUCGACGUCACCAGUCAGUGGUUUUUCGGGUUGAUCCGACUUCUUUUGGCUGCCGUGAGUUCACUGUAUUGUAAAGGGUACUGAGAAUCUAGGAGGAGGAGGGGGGGGUCGAUUUGCCAAAAAUUCUCCCGCUUGGGUUCACAUCCGGAGUCCGGACGACCAUAAUUUAACGCACCUCUUACCUUUUAAGAAACUGAGUUUUAUUGUUUUUAUUAAUUUAUUCUAUUUGUCUUAGUUUAUGGUUUACGUUAACACUCCGGGAGGGCAGAAAUGGCGGCCAACAUGUACCGGGUCGGAGAUUAUGUAUUCUUUGAGAACUCCUCAAGUAACCCAUACCUGAUCCGGCGGAUAGAAGAACUCAACAAGACGGCCAGUGGGAAUGUGGAGGCCAAGGUGGUUUGUUUCUACAGAAGGAGAGACAUCUCCCACAGCCUCAUCCAGCUCGCAGACAAACACGCAAAGGAGUUGGAAGAGGAGAAGGAGAGCCCGACAGAGACAGAGCUAACAGAAAAACAGAAACACCAGCUUCGCCACAGAGAGCUCUUCCUCUCCCGGCAGUAUGAGAGUCUACCUGCGACACACAUCAGGGGGAAGUGCAGUGUCGCAUUAUUGAAUGAAACUGAAGCCGUUCUCUCGUACCUUGACAAAGAGGAUACGUUCUUCUACUCGCUGGUGUACGACCCAACACAGAAGACCCUGCUGGCUGACAAAGGAGAGAUCAGAGUGGGACCGCGCUUUCAGGCAGACGUACCUGAAAUGUUACAAGAGGGUGAGGCAGAUGACAGGGACCAGUCCAAGCUAGAAGAGAAGCUGUGGGAUCCAGAGUGCCCACUCACCAACAAACAGAUAGACCAAUUCCUAGUGGUGGCACGGGCGGUUGGGACCUUUGCUCGAGCGUUGGACUGCAGCAGCUCAGUCAGACAGCCGAGCCUACACAUGAGUGCAGCUGCAGCCUCACGAGAUAUCACACUGUUCCAUGCGAUGGACACGCUCCAUCGUCAUAAUUACGACCUGUCCAGUGCGCUGAGUGUACUGGUCCCAGCGGGCGGCCCGGUGCUCUGCAGGGACGAGAUGGAGGAGUGGAGCGCCUCGGAAGCUGCCAUGUUUGAAGAGGCACUAGAGAAAUACGGAAAAGACUUCAACGACAUCCGACAAGACUUUCUGCCAUGGAAGUCUCUGACUAGUAUCAUAGAGUACUACUACAUGUGGAAGACCACAGACAGAUAUGUGCAACAGAAGAGACUGAAGGCAGCAGAGGCAGAGAGCAAACUGAAGCAGGUUUAUAUCCCCACAUAUAACAAGCCCAAUCCCAACCAGAUCUCAAUGACCAAUGGCAAGAUGGCGACAGUGAAUGGAGCGGGCCCUGGGGCCUACCAUGCAGCAGGCGGGGGCAGAGCCUGCGAGAGCUGCUAUACCAUGCAGUCGGCCCAGUGGUACUCAUGGGGGCCUCCGAACAUGCAGUGCCGCCUGUGCGUUUCCUGCUGGAUGUACUGGAAGAAGUAUGGAGGCCUGAAGAUGCCGAGCAGAGCAGAGGGCCCAGAGGAGAGGACUUCCCCGAGUCCAGCAACCAAUGAGCCUCGCUCGCGGGGUCACGCUCCUCGCCAGUCCAACCACAUGGUGCCGAUGCGAAACAGCGGCAGCCCCAAGUCCUCCAUGAAGACCAAGCAGGCUUUCCUGCUGCAGGCCACCCGCCUCACCAAGCUGGCCCGGCACAUGUGCCGUGACAUCAUCAGGCUGCGCCGUGCUGCGCGCCGGCCCUUUGUCCCCAUUAACUGUGGGGCCAUAAAGGCAGAGUACAUGUUAAGGGUGUCGGAAGGGCAGGGGACUCGCCUACCCAAAACCAGAGCCGCCCAAAGGAGCACUCUCACCAGUGUUCUCCAGUUUCUAGAGUCUCGUCCGGCCGCCCACGCCCCGCGCUCCCACCGCACCGCGGGCCUGCAGACGCCUCCACCUCGACGCCUCCUCUCCUCUCUCCCACACGGCCCCCACGGCAUGCUGGGAAAACGCAGCUACCAUCACCACAGCAGGGCUGAGCCGGACAGGCGCGCAGAUAACCCAGGUACAACAGGUGGACCCCUCCUGCAUAACGGCCGCAGCAGCAGCUCCGGAAACACCCGAGGCGGAGUGAUGAUCCGCAAGAGACGCCCCAACUGGAUUGAUGCUCCUGAUGACAGCUUCUUCCUUGUCACCCGGGAGACCAGGAGGGCCAGACGGAUGCUGUCCCGCUCCCAGCUGAGGCACGCUUGUCGGCAGCCAUGCGAGCAGAUCACCCUGCGCAGGGUCACCCAGGGCCCGCCACAGGGGCUCGUCCUCGCCCCUCCACACCCUCACCCCAGCCUGAGGAUGCGAGGCCCCAUCGUCAUCCAUGACUGACGGGACACCGGACCCUCUGACACCACUGCUGCAUACACACCAACAAAUUCUCGCCUCCUUUUCUCUCAUUAAAGGAACACUUCACCCACAAAAUGACCGUUUGUAUAUCAACCACUCAUCCAGUGUUGCGUUGAAUUUGCAAAGGGGACUCUGUUUUUCUUGCAUGUCUCCAUGGUGAGCAAUUGACGUACAGAGGGGCCACAUUUAACAACAGCAAAACUAUAUCAAAUCAUCUGUUUACAAACUCACAAAACUCGUGCAGCCGUAUGCUCGGUACUUCCCAAGCACAUGUAUUUUUAUUUAAACCUUACCAUUUAAAACCGAACUGGAAGUGAAACUCGAGUAUGCCCUCUUCAAGUUUACAUCACUGAGCUGCUGGUCUACCCCUGCCUCGAUCAGUUUGUCUUUGUUAUUGUGUGAGUUUGGUGACAUAAAGGGUAAGUUCAGAUUCACCAAACUCACACAAUAACACAAGCAAACUAACUGACCGAGGCAGUGUUAGUCCAGAAGCUUCAAUGUUCGGCAUGGUAAAAUUGCUGUUUGUGAAGUGAACCACCACAUCACUGCUGAUCGCUACAGAAGACAAUGAAUAUAAAGGGAAACUUUGCUUUUAUUGAACCAGCUGUGUGACAUCGCAGUGUGUGCAGAUGAACGCUGUUUGGCCGGUGCCAGCACCUGGACCUCCGCCACUAGACGGGUAGGGAUCUCUGGGUGAAUCAAACAACUUUCAUGUGAUGCCACACAGCUGGUUGAAUAUCUGCAAAGUUUCCCUGCUUCCCUUCACUGGUUCCUGUACAGCAGGGU